AUGAAGCCGAAGACACAGAGUUCUCUGCUAAGUUUCUUCAGCCCUCCGUCGUCGGAGGGCGGGUCGUCCAAGAAGAAGAACGCAGCCACUGCCUCGGCCAGCAGCAACGGCAGCUCCAAGAAGAAAGCGGCCGCCAAAUCGGCGACAAAACGCGAGUCGCUGGGCACCAUCCGCAAAAAGAUCGAGUUCUCACCCAAACUUAAGCAAAAAAUUACGGCGAAGAAGAAAAAGACCGAAGAUGUGGAGAUGGAGGGUGCGGAGAAGGUGUCGGGCGUAGGCUCUAAGCGCAAAGCGUACGAGGAUUUCCUGGGCACGAGCUCUGAGGAAGAUGAGCCUGUGAAGUCGAGCAAGACCAAUAAAGAGGAACCGCCAAAGAAACGAACCGGGAAAAUUGUCAUUAAAGACGAUGAUGACUCGGAGGAGGAGCCUGUGGCCCCGGCUUCUCGUCGUAAGGGCAAGACAGCCACUCGCAACGUUGUAAGCAGCGAGGAAGAAUGGGAGCAGGAUAGUCCCGACGAAGGAGGUGAUGGUGAAGAGUCGGAGUUCAGUGGCGCCGAGGAAGAACCUUCAGAUGAUGAUAUCGAUGAUCUGGUGGAUGAAGAGUCUGAGGAAGAGUCCAAGCCGCCCAAGAAGCGGCGAAAGAGCGCUCCGGCAGUGACCAAGACGAAGAAAGUGCCAGCAAAGUCCUUUUUGUCUCCUCCACCUACAAAGAAGAAGUGGGGGAACGGCACGCCAACGUCAACCAACAAGAAGUCGGCACAGCUGGCCGAUGGCCCGGACUUGCUCAGCUCUGUGGCUGGUGCUGGCAACCACAUUCACGAUGCCUUGCCUUGGCUGCACGAGAAACGGCGUGAUAUUAACGGUAACACAUCAGACUCUCCAGAUUACGACCCACGCACAUUGAAAGUCCCUCCUGAGUUCCUGAAGAAGGAAACUCCAGCAAUGGUGCAGUGGUGGGAAGUCAAGUCGCAGAACAUGGACACUGUUCUGUUUUUCAAGGUUGGCAAGUUCUACGAGUUGUUCCAUAUGGAUGCCGACGUUGGCUUCAAGGAGCUGAACCUGAUCUACAUGAAGGGAGAUAAGGCGCACUCAGGCUUCCCUGAGAUCGCGUACUCCAAAAUGUCGGCUCAACUGGUUGCCAAGGGCUAUCGUGUCGCUCGAGUGGAACAAACAGAAACCCCCGACAUGCUAAAGGUUCGCAACAGCACGUUAGCAAAGAAGGCCAAGGUUGUUCGGCGUGAGGUAUGCUCUUUACUGUCUAUCGGCACGAAUACUGUGAGCUUUUUGGAUGCUCCUAUUUCGUCUCAAGACCAAGUGUCCAAGCACCUGCUCGCACUUAAAGAAGCUUUCGACGCUACGCAGAAAUCUGUACGCUUUGGUGUAUGCAUGGUGGAUUGCUCUACUGGCGCCUUCCAGCUGUCUGAGUUUGACGAUACUGAGCAGCGAGACCGUCUGAAGACACUGUUCGCUCAAUUUUACAUUGUGGAGAUUGUGACGGAGCGAUUUAACGUCUCCGACGACACGAAAAUGGUGCUAAAGCAUGCUGCACCAGCUGCAAUUCGCUCAUCACUGCGAGUGGGGAAAGAGUUUUGGGAUGCCUCGAAAACAAUCGAUGAAAUCGAACGCGCGGGGUAUUUCAAGGAGCAUGGAUGGCCAGAAGCUGUACUACAUUUCCUAGAAAUGGAUAAAGUCGUCAAGCCCGAGGGACAACUCGCAAUCAGCGCUCUGGGCGGUUGCAUUUGGCACCUGCGACGUAGUAUUAUCGACCAAGAGUUGCUGUCACUGUGUAACUUUAAGAGGUACAAACCUUCGGACGAGGAAGCACGAGAAGCACGAGUAAAUAGGUCUGCUGCAAAGGCUGAGUUGAAACAGCAGUAUGUCGUGCUGGACUCGCAGACUAUCCAGAACCUGGAAGUGCUUUGCAACAGCUUUAAUGGCUCGCGCUCGGGAUCACUCAUCGAUAUCAUGGACAAGACAGUGACAAGCUUUGGUCGCCGUAUGUUCCAGGAAUGGGUACUCAAGCCUUUGUGCAAGAUCGGCGAUAUUCAAGAGCGCCUGGAUGCCGUUGAAGAGCUUGGUAACAGUGGUGAUUUGAUGAUGGAGAUCCGCGAGUUCCUUCGUAAACUACCGGACUUGGAGCGUUUGCUGUCUCGAAUUCAUGCGCUUGGAUCUGCGUAUCGCUCGAAGGAACACCCAGACAGCCGUGCAAUUAUGUACGAGUCACAGAUAUACAACGUCCGCAAGAUCAAGGAUUUCCUUGCAGUGCUCAAUGGAUUCGACGAUGCUAUGAACCUCACCCUUGAACUGGGUCCUCGCCUAUCGCAGUCUAAGUCGCCAAUUCUCCAGUCGCUAUUGAAGAGGUACACUAUCGAGGACGGAGUACAGCCGGACGUUAAGCAUGGACACUUUCCUGAUCUUACAGAGAAGUUGGAGUUCUUCAAGCGCUGCUUUGACCAAGCGUCGGCCAAAAAGAGCGGUGUGAUCAUACCUCAAGCUGGUGUAGACCCCGAGUUCGAUGCAGCUUGUGAGGAGAUCUCUCAGGUUGAAGCCGAGCUAGCGGAAUAUUUGAGCGAACAGCGUACUGCACUGCGCUGUCGACAGAUUUCCUACUGGGGCAAGAAAAAAGAGGAUCGUUACCAAUUGGAAGUCCCUGAAAGCGCUUUGUCGAAGCAACCGAAAGAGUACGAGCUUAAAUCUCGUAAGAAAGGGUACAAGCGCUUCCACACCCCAACAAUCCGUGCAUUACUGAAGCGGUUGGCUACUGCGGAGGAGCAGAAGGAGGAGGCGCUCAAGGAUCAGACACGACGCAUUUUCCACAAAUUUGACGAAGACUACAAGUACUGGAUGAAGGCAGUGCAAUGUCUGGCUGUGCUGGACUGCUUAGUCAGUCUCGGGUUACUCAGCAGCCAGAGCGAAGGAUACACAAAGCCCGAGGUGGUGACAGCAAGCACUGCGAAUGAUGGGAAACCUUUCAUCAACAUUAAAGAGGGCGUGCAUCCGUGCGUUGCUGCAACCUACGGCAGUGGCGAUUUCAUCCCGAAUGACGCGCGACUCGGUAUCGAAGGAAAGGGUCAAAUGGUUCUCCUCAGUGGACCAAAUAUGGGCGGAAAGUCGACGUUGCUGCGCCAAACGUGCGUGUUGACGCUCAUGGCUCAGAUUGGCAGCUUCGUUCCUGCUGCCAAGUGCCGUCUUAGUCCCGUCGAUCGUAUUUUCACUCGCAUUGGGGCGUCCGACCGCAUUCUUGCUGGCCAGAGUACUCUUUUCGUGGAGCUGGCCGAGACUGCGACGAUCCUGAACCACGCGACCAGCCACUCGCUUGUCAUUCUGGACGAAUUGGGCCGAGGAACGUCGACGUUCGACGGUACGGCCAUCGCGUACUCGGUUGUCGAGCAUUUGUUGAGCGAUAUCCAGUGCCGAACUAUGUUCGCAACACACUAUCACUCACUGGUUGAAGAGUACGUGGGAGACGACAGAGUAUCGCUGGGUCACAUGGGAUGCAUCGUCGACCCUGAGAACGACCGCAAGGUGACAUUCCUGUACAAGUUGGAGGACGGCAUGUGCCCCAAGAGCUACGGUAUCAACGUGGCGAUGUUGGCCAAGCUACCGGACGAAGUGAUCGAAUGCGCUGCGAAAAAGUCGGAGCAGUUUGAGCGCUCCUUGCAAGCCAAUUCACACGCAGAGCUCGAGAGCAUGCGACUCGCUCAAAAGGUGCGAGAAGUGCUAGCUGAGGGUGAACCAGGGGUAAACAAACUCAAACAAUUAUGGGAGCAAGCACGUAGCAUUCGCACUUGA